AAACUGCUUCUCUCUCAAUGGAAAUUAAAAACCUAACAUACUACAGUGUCAGGACUGAUAAAUCAGGCUAGGAAGGCCCAAACGCUGAUAUUUGGGUCAAGCAAAGUGGCGUCGUUUAGCCAUUUUGCCCCGUAUAUUCAGAACGGAAAAUUAUCCCCGUCUCAUUUACUCUCUCCACUGCCCAAAUUCAUUUCGAUUUUUAAAAUUCCAGUGGGAGGGAGAGAGACAGGGAUCUUGUAAUCCAACAAUGGAAAAUUCAAAGGUUCAAGAGAUCCUGGAGAAGCAGGUGCUGACGGUGGCGAGGGCCGUCGAGGAAACGAUCGAUGAAGAGAUCGCGGCGCUGGAUCGCCUCGACAACGACGAUCUGGAGGCUAUUAGAGAGCGUAGGUUGCAGCAGAUGAAGAAGAUGGCGGAGAAGCGGAGCCGUUGGCUGGGUCUAGGCCACGGUGAAUACUCUGAGAUUCCAGCUGAAAAGGACUUCUUUUCAAUAGUUAAAGCUAGUGAGCGCGUUGUUUGCCACUUCUAUCGCGAGAAUUGGCCCUGCAAGGUGAUGGACAAGCACUUGACUAUAUUGGCAAAGCAGCAUAUAGAGACACGUUUCGUGAAAAUCCAUGCCGAGAAAAGUCCUUUCUUGGCUGAGAGGCUCAAGAUUGUUGUUCUUCCUACACUUGCCCUUAUCAAAAAUGCCAAAGUCGAUGAUUAUGUGGUUGGAUUUGAUGAGCUUGGCGGGACAGAUGAGUUUGCCACAGAAGAUUUGGAGGAGAGGCUGGCUAAAGCUCAAGUCAUCUUCUCUGAAGGUGAAUCAUCUUUACAUACAUCAAAGUCUGGUACACAGACCAAGAGGAAUCUCCGGCAAAGCUCAAAUGCAGACUCAUCCGAUUCAGAUUAAAUUUGGGGGGUUUGGAUCUGUAAUCUUCUAUAUGUUUCAAUGCAAGUCAACAAGAUUCAUCAACAUUCCAUCUUUACUAUUAAAAGCAAAUGACUGUUCCAUUUGCUAUAUGAGGCCAUUCAGUCCUUCAAGUAUUAUGCUCAAUCCAUUCUCUUUGAUGCAAUUUUUUGUUCUUGUAUGAACUAUGUUUUUUUGAUUUGGGGAAAGAGGAUUUGAAGCUUGCUCUUUGAACGGGGAGAUUUGUAUCAAAAUUGAGUCAAAUGCUUUUGUAUGAUCUAUGUUUUUAUAA